AUGCUAUUCUCUCCUUGCCAUCUUCUCAUCAACGCUGUCGUGUUGAAGAAACGAGACCUGUCGAACGAUCCCAACAACCCGCUUCGGUACAUCGCGACUAAUGUUCUCACUGCAGUCGCGUUCAGUUUUAUGCUAACGACCGCCCUCAUUCAAACGUAUUGGAUGAAGCGAUGGGGUGCAAGGCGGAUGAUGCCAAUGACUAUCGGCGCAUACAGCACACGGUUCGGCCUACACACGCACCCAGAAUCAAAGGGAAUAUACAUCGUGGAAUAUCUCUUCGUUGUGCUGUCCCCAUACGCGUUCAUUUCAGCCAACUACGUCCUCCUAGGUCGCCUUUCGCGGUACCUGAGAGCACCGGAGCAUUUGUUGAUAAACCCGCCACGAAUCACGGCAGUCUUUAAUGUGACUACAUUUCUGAUUCAGGCUACCGGAGGUGCAGUGACGAUUGGAUCUCGUAUAUUCCUCGUAGGACUAGCACUGCAACUGGGGCCUAUAUUGGUAUCCUGGUAUGUGAGAAUCACGUCAAGUACUGUGAAAUUGCAGAAACGAUUUGUGUACCGGACGAUAGAACUUUCGGAAGGCUCCGAAGGUCGACUGGACAACGAUGGAAUCGUCCUUCUAUGGUUUGGACACGCUGCCGCGAUAUACGUUCCAUUUUGGCCCUGA